AUGUCAACAAAAAAGUUGGCCAGAGAACUUGGAUUAAUCCGGCAACGAAGCCGCUCAUCUAGUGGUCAAAAACACCCGCAGAAACGAACAAAGCAGUUUUACUCUUACUUAAUCGUCAUUGACUUUGAGUCCACAUGCUGGCGAGAAAAAAACACCUACGGUCAAGAGAUCAUCGAGUUCCCUGCAGUUCUUUUGAAUACUUCCAGUGGAGAGAUCGAAUCGGAGUUUCACACCUACGUCCAACCCCAAGAACAUCCGGUUCUCUCAGGGUUCUGUACAGAACUCACCGGAAUCUCACAGACACAGGUGGAGGGUGGAGUUCCACUCCAUAUCUGUUUGUCCAGGUUCUCACGUUGGCUACAACAGUUGGAGCGUGAGAAGGGUGUGGUCUUUAUGACACACAUUAGCACAACCACACCGCCAAGGAACCCCUGUGCCUUCGUCACCUGGUCAGAUUGGGAUUUAGGCGUUUGUUUGCUGAAUGAGUGUAAGCGGAAGCAGAUCUACAAACCUGAAGUUCUAAACAGCUGGGUUGACCUCCGAGCAACAUACCGGACCUUCUACAGCAGACAACCUCGAGGACUGAAUGGUGCACUUCAGGACCUGGGCAUUGAGUUUUCUGGACGUCAACAUUCAGGUCUGGAUGAUGCUCGUAACACAGCCCGUCUGGCUUUGAGGAUGAUGCUGGACGGCUGUGUGAUGAAGCUGACUAAAACGCUGUGCAGGACGGCACUGAGGCGCCAGCCUGGCGACGGGAAUGUUCCAGUCCCUCGUCGGAGGGGCGGAGACCCAGACGGUAAGAGAGGCGUGGCUGACCCUGCCGAGUGUGGGCGGAGACACAAACAAACGUGGGAUUCGUUAAACUACAAACUGCUCGCCCUCUCCAACACUCCUGAUAGCUACUCAGUCACACCACCAGGUCAUCACGCUUUCCAACCCGAGCCUGAGGGCACUGUGAGGUCAGAGGUCAUCCUCUUGACCGAGGUGGAUGAAUCUGGGUCGUAUGAUGACGUGGUGUUGGACGAUGCCUCUGCCUCCUGCAGCCUGGAGAGCGGGGACGUGUCGUUCCCGGAGAGCGGGGACGUGUCGUUCCCGGAGAGCGGGGACGUGUCGUUCCCGGAGAGCGGGGACGUGUCGUUCCCGGAGAGCGGGGACGUGUCGUUCCCGGAGAGAGGGGACGUGUCGUUCCCGGAGAGCGGGGACGUGUCGUUCCCGGAGAGCGGGGACGUGUCGUUCCCGGAGAGCGGGGACGUGUCGUUCCCGGAGAGAGGGGACGUGUCGUUCCCGGAGAGAGGGGACGUGUCGUUCCCGGAGACCGGGGAUGUGUCGUUCCCGGAGACCGGGGAUGUGUCGUUCCCGGAGAGCGGGGAUGUGUCGUUCCCGGAGAGCGGGGAUGUGUCCAAGACAGACAAACAAGCCCUGAGCUUUGCUGAGACCAGUAUAUCCAGGACAGACCCGUACCGUUCUGUUAUGUGCCCAGAACUCUACAGAACCACGACUACCAGUGCCUCUUUUACCGUUUACACAGACAAGUCUCCCCUCAGCACCACUGCUGGGUCCAGAUUGUGUUCUGGAGUUUCUGCCGUCGACCGCUCCAGGUCCCCCCCCCCCUCCUCUGUUCACUCUGUCCCCAAGAUCUCCUCUGGCACACGCCCCUCCCUCUGUGAAAACAGGCGUGUGAAGCAGGCGGGAGGUGGGAGGAGAGUAACGUCCCCGCUGUGUGCCUGCGGACAGAGAGCUCGGAGACGCACCGUGGGAAACGGGGGUCCGAACCACGGCCGCGUGUUCUUCUGUUGUCCGGUACCUAAGAGGGGAGCAGAGAGAGGACCGAAAACAGGCUGUGACUUUUUCAAAUGGGAGUCGACCCUCCUGAGGUCCAGCCCUGCACCUGGACUCAAAAACCCAACGCGUCUGCGCUGA